UUAAUUCAACGAUUAGUUGUUUACUUCUAUGUUGCCAACGUUUAUAACGGAAUAAGGGAGUUUUGUUUCCCAAAUUUCUCUUACGUUUGCGAUUGUUGGUGUUGUCUACUCUUAACGGGUGUAAUGUGUUGUUUUGGACAAAAUGUCCAGUACGUUAGAGAGCAAAAUAAAAGAUCUUCAAGCGCGACUUCAAGCUGAAAAUGAAGCUAGAGAAAGAGACAGACUCAGAGACAAAGAUUUGACCAAUAUUACUUCAAGUCCUAAGCAUCGGCCAAUGCAAAGACCUCGAGAAUUGGGGGACAUGGUCCGGCCGGAGGGCACCCCGACGCGGAUCCGGAAGCCCAUGAACCUGCCCGUGGAGCUGGUCAUCCAGCAGAAGAAUCAGGAGAGCGGGGAGAUCGAGCGAAAGCUCCAGGAGAUCAUGAAAAUGAAUGGCAUUCUCAGCAUCAACGGCAAGAAGUACCAGACUGAGAUAAAGGACCUGCAAGAUUUAGGAGAGCUUGGAAAUGGUACUUGUGGCCACGUUGUCAAAAUGUUGCACAAACCCAGUGGUACUGUGAUAGCUGUCAAGCAAAUGCGUCGCUCGGGCAACGAUGAGGAGAACAAGCGCAUCAUCAUGGACCUGGAUGUGGUGUUGAAGUCGCACGACUGCCCCUUCAUCGUGCAGUGCCUGGGCUGCUUCAUAACCGAGUCGGACGUGUGGAUCUGCAUGGAGCUGAUGGCCACGUGCUUCGACAAGCUGCUGAGGCGGCUGCGCCGUGCCGUGCCAGAGGAGAUACUCGGGAAGGUCACCUACGCCACAGUGAAGGCACUGCACUACCUGAAGGAGGUUCAUGGUGUCAUCCACCGCGACGUGAAGCCGUCCAACAUACUGCUGGAUGAGAGGGGUAAUGUGAAGCUGUGCGACUUCGGCAUCUCAGGCCGCCUGGUCGACUCGAAGGCGAGAACCCGAAGUGCUGGCUGCGCAGCGUACAUGGCGCCCGAAAGGAUAGACCCUCCUGACCCGAAGAAGCCAGACUACGACAUCCGGGCGGAUGUCUGGAGCCUGGGCAUCACCUUGGUCGAGCUCGCGACCGGCACCUUUCCGUACAAAGACUGCAAGAAUGACUUCGAGGUGCUGGCGAGAGUUCUGGAGGACGACCCCCCCAGCUUGCCAGUGGACCAGUGCUUCUCGCUGGAGUUCCGCAGCUUCAUCAACUGCUGUUUAACAAAAAACUACAAAAACAGGCCAAAGUACAGGAAAUUGCUUGAGCACCAUUUCAUGAGGAAGUAUGAGACUGCAAAUGUGGAUGUGGCUGAGUGGUUUGCAAAUGCAAAGCAGCAGUGUGAGGUCACCUUGUUACACAACAGCUCACCUGUUCGGAGGUUCGACGCUGCCCCGCCAUCUCCUUCCGCCAAGAGGCAUCCGUCUCUGAUAAACAGCCACCACCGGUCGUUUUCCGAGACGCUGCAGCAGACGAAUGGCGGGGACGACCUCGCGGACCGGGUCCCUCCCUCGUACCCGCACCCCCGGCUGGCGUCCGGGGACCCCGGCGUGGAGCAACAGGGCUUCUGGAGGGCGACUCCCCCAGGCGAUGAAGGAGAGCGAGACGCAUAUAGAGUCGUGGGGUAGGAGAAAAAAAUACCUUGAAUCCUUUUUUUUUCCCCCUGCGUGGACAGUUUGUGUAAUUAGCGACGAGCCAUAUUUUUAUUAAGUAGAGAAGGACUGUGAUCUCAGUGAGAUAUUUUUACCUUUAUUCUUUUCUUGAACUGCAUACAGUUUUUUUUUAACAAGACCUUGUUAAUUUAAACAUUUUUAAAUGUCUUAUUUUUAUAAAAAAAUAAUUUACUAGCAUAUUGCACGAGUUUGUGUUCACAAUCGUACUCCUUGCACAGUAUGCUUGUUGCAUGUAGAGAUAUGUAUUAUCAUUACAAAAUUUGUUUUAUAUCUUUACAGCACACUUUGUCUAAUUCAUUCACAUACCAAGAAUUGUUAAGGUUUUUAAUCUUUUAAAAUAUAUAAAGUAGCUCAUUAGCACCCAGUAGAUAUUAAUCCAACUUGAAAUUAUGCUUCUUUGAAUUUUUUUUUAUUAACAGAUACACCAUUGAUUUGUUUGACUACUCUCACAGUUUGCAUUUUUUUUAUUUAAUAGCUAUGAAGAUCCAUAAUUGGUUAUUAAUGUUUAUUUCUAAAGUACUGUUUCGAGGCUAGAUCGUAAUUUAUAUCCAAUUUAAUAUUAUAAUUUAUAUCUUGUAGUAACCAUAGAUAAACUAUGUUAUUUGUUCAUCAAGUGUGAAUUUAAUUUACAGAAUCUAAAUUUUAUUUGUUUUAUAUUAUUUGUUGAUUAGUUCCAAUUGCAAUAUUUUUUUCCUUGGGUGUGUCGUGGGUUCAAGUUUAUUAUACACAAUUUUUUUAAUCAAUUGAAUAAUAUUAUAUUAAUAUUAUUUACAUCAUUAAAAAUGUGUAUUUAUUUAAUUGUCCUCUUCUUUAAAAUUUUGAGAGAGUUUUAAAGUUAAGCAUAAAAUCUAGUGAUGUACCAAUGUAAUCAUUCGGUCGAUAUUCCCAAUUUUCUGGAUUUCUGAUAUAAUUGUUUCCAAGUGAUACUUAGAAAACCUAUACCCAUGGAAAAAGUACAAAAAUGUCAUUCAUUGAGGUGUCGUCCAUAUUUUAUAUUACCUGUUAUAGUUCCAUAGGCCUCUUUUACUGCAAUUUUUCUGUAAUUUAAGGCUAUACUUGGAACGUUGUGCUCGUUAAUUAGUUAAAGGCAUAAUUUGUAUUGUGGUAUGCACAAAUUUUGGUGGUAAAAUACUUUUUUUUGCCAUCAUUCAAAAAUCAUUUUAAUAAAUAAUUAUAUUAAAAUAAUGACUUAUUUCUUAAAAAUAUUGAAUUUAUGGAGACUUGCACUGAGACUAUUUACAAAAAGUAGUAGUUUUAAUCGUUAAAUCAGAUCUGUUAAAGAAAUGUAUUGGUAAUUUUAUCAGUAUCUUUUUUUAUCCAUAUUGCCCAUCGCUAAUUAAAUUUGUCACAAAAGAAUUCAUAAGAUAAGCUUCAACAUUUAUAUAAUGUAACAUUUUCAAUGAAUCACUGAUUCACUUUAAUUUUUUGUAUUUACUUGUUGAAAUUUACACCCGAGCAUGAAGUUUUCAAAUUUUUAUUUUUACUUGAUAAUUACCCUUACUAAAUUGACUUAAAUGUAAUAUUUCAAAAAUUGUACUACGACUUUAUAAACAUUUAAAUAAGUUACUUAUCUAGUGUAUCUUAACUGCCUUUCAAAUCACAUGCACAUUAUAUUGGUGGUCUGAUUUGUGUGUGCCUACUUUCGUGGCUUGAACCACAAAGUGGUCACUUACCAUGCGUAGGAAUUAGGGUUGCACAGCUCUGUGUUUCAUUGGUCGGUUCAAUUCUGGUUUGGUUUUUACAUAAAAAAACUCUGUUUUCGGUUCAAGUUCUGGCUCUUGUAUAAAAAAAAGUUUUUCUCCAAGAGCUUAACUAAAAAUAUAGAUGGGGUUAUUAAUUUUUUUUAGCUGGUGCAUUAUAUGGUUGUUGAAAACAAUUCAUUUACAAAGAAAAGAAGACAAUACUUUUCACACUAGCGUAAAACUUUAUUUUUAAAAUAUUUUUGAAGUAAUUAGAGACCAGCUGUUUGCUUCCAUUUCCUGAAUGGUGAAGAUACAUUUUAUUUUUGGUUAAUAUUAUUGGCAUUUGUUUUGUAUUAUUUUUCUGCCCACAAUUUGUUCUAAAUAGUCGACAGCUUUAACGCUUCUAGCUUUACAAUGCAAUAACAAUACAUGCCGUUUGCAAGCUUUUUCUAUGUAGUUGGCCUUUAAUGUGUAUAACCUUCCAACAAACAAACAGUACUACCAAUCUAAUACAUGUAGAAGUAAAUCCUAUACAUUGUGAAAGAUACACCACUCAAUGGGCCAAUGGCAUGUAUGUUUUGUGAGUUAUUACAAUCCUAAAGCAUUAGUACCUAAUACUGAAAUAUUGUGUUUGGUGACCUUUCUAGUAGGAUAAACUUUAUGUAAAUAUUACAUAUUAUGAACCAACAGAUACAUACAAAAAUACUCAAAACCGAAACAGAAAAUUUAAAAAAUAGAUUUUGAAUAAAUUUUUUUUUAAGAAAUUGGGGCUGGAACCAAAAAUUUAGGGACUUGUUGAGGCCUAGUAGACAUUACUUUGAAGAAAUAAAUUUUAAAAAAGGAUUUUUUUUUUACAAAUUGAGUAAUUUAUGAUAAAAAAAAAUUGAAUUUGAACAUCACUUGCUGUUUGUGCACACUUAUUUUCAAUUUUUAUAGCAAAAUCACAAAUUUUAAAAUAUUAAUGCUUAAGUUUGAUAGAUCAGUGCUGCUAAAUUUUUGGUCAAUUAAAACCUUACUGUACUAUGUUUUUUUUUGUACUGUCUGAAUUUUUUUUGUGUAUAUAGUUGAGUAGAUUGACAACUCCGCUACUUUGUCUCUCUUAUAGCUUAGUGUU